AUGCUUUGGGCAAUUAUUCAUAUUUCGCUUCUUAUAUUAUAUGGAGAGUUUUGUGUUUUGACGGUAAUGAUGGCGUCAUGGUCAAAACAUGUCAUCCAUCAAACAUUCCAUGCCAUCAUCUUUCAUUUUCUUAUUUGCUUGGCAUUUUCUUCACAUGUAAAAACAAUGUUCACUGAUCCAGGUGCUGUGCCAAAAGGUAAUGCAACUGACGAACAUAUUCAAAGGUUGCAAUUCACUCAAAGAAAUGUCAUUUACAAAUGCUCCAAAUGGUUAGCUUACACCUUUCAAAUUCCUGUAGUACGAAUGUUGCAUCCAACUUUCAUAUGUUCAAGCAUUCUGCAAAUUUCUUCCUUUUAUCAUACAGUAAUUAAGUAUGAUUUGAGUGAUUUUUCUUCAUCAAAGAAAAGUUAUUGCAGUAGUAGCGUAAAGCCAGAACGUGCUCAUCACUGUAGUGUAUGCGGUAGGUGUGUUAGACGAAUGGAUCACCACUGUCCUUGGGUUAACAACUGUGUUGGUGAAGGAAAUCAGAAGUACUUCGUACUUUUUACGAUGUAUAUAGGAUUAUUAUCAUCGCAUGCUUUGUACUGGGCAAUUUGGCAAUUUGUGUUAUGUGUUAACGGAGAUUGGCAAGGUUGUUCUUUGUUUGGACCGCCUAUUACAACGAUUCUGCUCGUAUUUCUGCUGUUUGAGGCUAUUUUGUUUGCGAUAUUUACAUUUGUGAUGUUCGGCACUCAACUCAGUUCAAUAUGUAAUGAUCAAACAGGCAUUGAAUCACUUAAGAACGAACAGUACAAUUCUGGACCAAAUGGCUGGAAAAAUUUACAGAUGAUCUUUGGAGGCCCAUUUUCGUUACGUUGGUUUAAUCCGUUUGCAUCUCCUUAUGUGAGUAAGCUGACGUUUGAGUACUCCGUCUGA